AUGAAUCCUGAUCUCCCACCCAACGCUGCAUGGGCAGCCAAUGCUGUUGCUCCAAAAAAGAAGGGGCAGACCAGUUCCAUUACCACCAAGAACGGACAUUCGACGUUCGGCACCCCAGCUCCAGCUCCAGCUCUCUCCACUCCCGCAAACACUCCUCCAGCGGUAGCCCCGCCAAAGCGUAAUAAUGGCACCCCGUUCUCAAUGGCAGGUAACUUAUUCAACCAACAACCAACCUCUUCUCCGGCACCAGCUCCUCACCUUCCACCGCCAUACGUUCCAUCGUCCUUCCUUCCACCAACAGCGGAGGCUCCAAUUCCAUACGGAAAUCUUCCUCCCUAUACUCCAUCUACCACCCCAUCUGCGCUCGCAUCAACUCCCCCGUCUUUUCUUCCCCAGGUACCUUCGGCACCAGCACCAGCGCCAACUUUCCCGGCUUCCUCUCUGUUCACCUUCCUUCAGCCGCCACAGGUCACUUCUGCUGUCGCACCCCCAGCUCCAGCGCCAAUGUUUGGCUCGGCACCUUUCUCCUUCUCUUCUACCCCUCCCGUACCGGCAACAGCACCAGCGCCAAAUCCUGUCGCUCCAAACCUCUUCUCUUCGGCAUCGUUUUGGCAACCCGCACCGGCACAAACAGUACCUGCACCAAUGCCUCUUCCUCCUGUCUUCCUUCCUUUUUAUGCGCAACAACAACCUCCCUCACCAUUUUUCUCGCCGGGUUCGGAACCUAUUAAGUUCUGUCCUCAUCGACCCGCCGCUCCAAUUCCCGCCGAGCCUCCUUCUCCUGAAUUUUACUUUGAUUCGGAGAACCAGAGAAUUACCGAGGAGAUGGAUUGGUGUACAGACGAAUACUCGCAGCAUAUCAAUAGCUUCGAGGAGAUGCAAUGGGAUCGCACUGACGAUUACCUAAUGGAUUGUUACGACAUUCUAUAA